UAUUUUCAUAUGUCUAUGGAUGGAACGAUCAAGAGCAAGAUUCGUUUUCGUUCAAUUAUUUCCACGGCCAAAUUCAGAUUGUUGAACAUAUAAUACAUGAACUGGAACAAAUUCUUUACGGGGCUAACAGACCAUGAGAACGACAGAAACGAGGACGAGACGGAAACGGAGGACGAGGAUGUCACGGAUAGCAAUGGUACCGUUUCGACUGAGAAAAGGUCGGAAUGUCUCGGGAUGCGUUUCAACAAGCUCUCGCGUAAUCGUCUGUCGCAGCGGUGCAUUAAACCUGCCUUUUUAACCGUCAACGCGGUAACAUUUCUUGCAGGCAUCGUUGGCGUUGUAACAUCAAUAUGGACCCUCACCGAUGAUAAAAUAAUGUCGAGAUUGAUGGGACAGCAUUUUUUCCUGAUUACCAUAUUGUUCACCGGGUUCAUUGGUUUUCUCACGUCCUUGCUAGGGAUUGUUGGACUGGCUCGAAAGAGGCGAAAGCUUUUAAACAUGUAUGCCACAUGUUGCUUACUGUUCCUCUGCAUCAUGUUCGUCAGUGCUAUAAUGAGCUUUUGGAUCUUUGAGCACAUCACGACAAACAUCCAAAAUGACAUGGUCAGCUCCAUGGAGACUUACCAAUCGCUGUUAUCGAGUAGAGAAGCUUGGGACAACACUCACAGACAUUUGAAGUGUUGUGGAAUUAAGUCUUCGAGCGACUGGGCGAAGUAUCGCAUCGCCGUUCCAAAAAGUUGCUGCGCUACGUCUAUCGAAGAAUGUAUACGAAUGACGGACGCUGUAGCAUUCAAGACGGGGUGUUUAAGGAGCGCCGUGCUUGUACUCAGGACGCAUAUUCACGCUAUAAGCAUAUCGGCCCUCCUAAUUUUCCUGAUAAUAUUUACCUUCAAGCCUCUACUGAAAUCAGGAAAUGAUUGCAAAUUGUUCAUCAUGUUUGUUGGCGGUUGA